GACCCCAGGCAGAGCAUUGAUCGUCUGGGCUGGACAGCGGGCAUCAGGUCAUUUGGCUCGAGCGGACGGGCCACCCGCGUCAUCUGGCCGCAAGGACAGUGGGCUCCGAGUCAACUGGCAUGACCGCUUGGCACUGGGGUCAGACAUUGGAUCGUCUGGCUGGACAGCGGGCAUCGGGUCACCAGGCAUCAGGUCAUUUGGCUCGGACAGCGGGCACCGCGUCAUCUGGCAAGGCAGUGGGCACCAAGUCACCAAGCACGACAGUGGGCUCUGAUCUCAAUUGGCACAAAAAAGCGGGCACCCGGGUCAUCAGGUACCGGAUUGUCUGGCUCGACAGCGGGCAUCGGGUCACCAGGUAUGACAGCGGGCACUGGGUCACCAGGCAUCAGGUCAUUUGG